AUUCGGGAAAUCACCCGCAUCGGGGACUAACUGGGUUUACACAACCCAUUGAAAGAACCAAAUUUUUGUGUUAUACAUUAUACAAACAAAAUUAAGUGUUCAGCGCCUACAAUAGUACGGAACGAAACUUCCCUAUAGGAACAAAAUAAAAAUAUAGAGCAAGGUUAUGUGGAAGACAACAGAAAAUCAACAAACCAAACAACAAUAAACGAUGAGCAAAGAAACAGCAGGCCUUGGCAAAUCCAACAGCAAGUCGCAAGGGUGUCCCGUGCCUGUGGGCAACACCAUUUGUGGAGAAACCAACUCUCUGGAGAUAAUGAAGCAGUUCAAUCGCCUCUAUGAGGAGCGAAUGGAGCAGGUUGACUCAGAAGCAGGUGGAGACUGUCUACAGGAAAAAAUCAAGCUUCAACAAGAAUGGAUCAGAAACUUGUGCCAGCAAAACGAAAUGCUGGUAAGGGCUGUCCAAGAGCUGGAAUUCGAGGCAACAGAACGAGUCCAUCAGCUGGAAGAUAAGCUUCAAAAGAGCGCCCAGUGUCUAUGCGACGUGAUGAAAAAGUAUCGGGAACACGACUUUGCCGCCGAUUUACUAGCUGAACCUUUGCAGAAAAUCACCCAUUUAGAGGAUGAUGUUAGGAAUCUGCUGGAGUUCAUCAAGCGAAUUCGGGAGAAUCAGGACUGGAGUCUUGAUGGUUUGUUUUUUUAUAACAUUUCAGAGCGGGAACUGUUGGGGACAACCUGCAAAUUUGCCAACAAAUUUUCUAAAGAUGAUUCUCUCGAGGGCGAAAAAUUGCUUAAUGAAAAGGAUAGGACUGUGCAUGAGCUGACUCAGAAGUUGGACUAUUUCAACAGCUUCGGCGAUGUGGAGGCCAUAGCCAAAGAACUACAAGCAAGGCGGGAGGAGUGCGACUCUUUGAAACAGGAGAUGGCGGAAAUACGGCAGGCGCUUACUGAGGAAGUGGCCACCAAGUACGACGAAAUCGUGCUUCUGCGGAAGGACGUCCAAAUCUUCGAGGAGCGAUGCAUGCAGGCCGAUAAGCAAACCGCCUUCAAGGAAGACAUCAUCAGGGAGCUGAGGAAGGAGAUCAAGCAACUGAAGCAACAGACAACGUGCCAAGCGGAUCGCGAACGAGGCUCUGUACAAUGUAAGGUCCAGAAGCUGGAAGCAGAAAACGCUGCUCUAAGAGAAACUUUAACGGUGGAUAAAACGCACAUUGAGCAGCUGGACGCGCAGUUUAAGAGCUUUCUGGAGGAAAGAGAAGGGCUGAAGGCCCGAAACAAAGAUUUGGACCGACGGUCCAAAGGAGUGGCCAAGGAACGGGAGGCCUUGCGUUGCCAAUGCGAAGAUCUGCAAACGGAAAUGCGGCAUGUGAAAAAUCAGAAUGCCCAGUUGGAACUGGAAGUGCAAUCAACUAAAGGCCGCUUAGCAAAUGUUACUGCUGAAUCGGUAUCUUACCAGAAGAAACUCGCGGCAAUUGUGGAAGAAAACCGGAAAACGCUCGAGCAAUUAACCGCGUUAAACCAGGAGAACGCAAAUUUAUCUCGGGAUAUCGAUGUGCUAAGGCACAGAAGCGAAUACACCACCAAUUUCACUCAAGAGGAAAUCGGAAAGUUAAACUGCACAAUUGAGGAACUGAAAACCAAUCUGGAAGAGUGCCAACUGGCGCAGAUAGACGAAGAAAAGGCCUACCGGAAGGAGAUUGCUUUGCUGCAUGAGACCAUCAGCAGCAUGGAAGCGGAAUUGAGGGACAUGGAAAGCAAGCUUGGAAAAGAGGGAAAGACUUGCAAAAUAUGCAGAGGAAAAUCAAAAGUGGGCUUUUUGGAAUCUACUGAAGUGCAAGCGAGCUUCGACGAUCAAGAGCUGGGGUUGAUGCAGGAAGCAAAUGCCACCAGACUAAGAAUGCAAUCGGAAAUAGAGCGAAAAAGCCAUGAAAUCCAGACGCUAAGGGGCAAAGUGGAGCAAUUGGAAUCCAGUUUGCGGACGUGCGAAGAACGCGCCUCCAAUCUGCAAGAAGCUGUAGCUUUAUACUCGAACUCCGUAAGUGUUUUGGAGACGACAGGCGAGGAAUCAAAGCUACAAAUUCAGCAGCAAAAGGUGACGAUCUCCAACCUGCAACAGGCUCUAGUUGAGGCCAAACAAGAAGCGGAUGAAAUGAGGAAAAAGACUCAGGAUAAUGAGACGAAAAGGCAGGAAAUAGUUGCCCUGUUGAAGAGCGUGAUGGCGGAGAGUGAAGAAGACAGUGACUUGCUCAGGAUGCAGGCCCAAAUGGUUGAAAGGGAGUACGAAAUCCUGCAGGACCUCAACUUUACGCUGGAAGUGGAACAUUGCGACAGUUUGCAGGACAUGGAGGCCUUGGAGGGCCAGCUGAAAAAGUACCAAUAUCUAUUUAACAUCAAAGAGGAGCAAAUGCGGAAACUUUCCAAGCAAAAGCGGUGUUAUGAGGAAGUCGUUGCGUAUUUCAAGCAUGAAAUGGGGUUGAUGGCAGACCAAUUAAAUAAUCUUCAGGAACUGCUGACGUUGUCCAAUGAAACCGCCCAGGAGGAAUCCAGCAAGGUGAUGAACGCCUUCUUCGAAGUCCAAUCCAUCAACGAGAAACUCUCCAGCCAAUUAUGUGCCUGCGAGCAGCAGGUGCAGCUGGAGAAUCAAAUGGGUCAGCUGCAGGAGGCGAAAAUCUGCCAGCUGCAGCAGCUGGUCAAGGAGAAGGAACUGGACCUGAGCAAGCACGAUCAGGCCAUUGUGAACAUCCGCCAGACCUUAAACGACUCUUUGAAACAGAAUGCUGAUCUCCAGCUGACCGUAGCAGAGCUGAAUGAGACGAUCGGAAGCCUACAGGGCUCGAUCAGGCAGUAUGAAGAGGAAAACUGCGCCAGCAGAAGAAGCUGCCUGGAGUUCCAGCAGCAAAUCGGCGGCUACUGCAGCAAACUGGAUGAGCUGAAGGAGGGCUUAGAGCAGAAAACUGCAGAGUGUCUCAAACUGGAAAUGGCCUACAAUAACGAGAAGCGCGCCCUAAAAGCCGCUCAGAAGCAGCUGCAGGAAACCGACAAGAUGCAGCAAAUCAAGCAGAAGGAGCUGAUAAAUUCGCUGCAGGAGGCCAAGAUGCAAUUGGCCUGCAGUGAUGAGAAUAACAGCAAGUUGUGUGAAGAGUGCGACAAGCUGCAAGCCCAGCUCACCAACCUGAGCCGCAAGGAGGCUGUGAAGGAUCAGGAAAUUAAGAGAUACCGGAAAAUAGUUGGCGAUCUGAAAGCAACGAUGAUGGAGCUCAAUACCGAGCUGAACAAGAACUUGGCCCAAAAAGAGCUGAAAGCGAGCUGCAAGAACGUCAAUUGCCGCCGGAACCUAGACAAGGAUGACCUGAAGGACAUAUGCGUUACUUGCCCUUGUGAGGUGGAGUUUUACCAGAAAAUGGUCGACAUUUUGAAGAAAUCCGUGAGCGAUCUGAAGAAGCAGCUCAACGACGCACAGCAAAAGUGCAAAGCUUUGCAAGACGAGGUGAAGGAAAAGGAGCUGCAACUGAACCGCACUAAGGAAGACUUGAAGAACCAGCAACUCGACAGCGGCAAGAAAAUCACUUCCCUGCAGCAAGAGAUCGAUCGAUUAACUCAGGAGCUGCAGCUCAAAUCCUUGCAGUUAACCGACGUGAAGAAGAGCGCCAAUGAAAUCAACGGCUCCAAGUGCGUGCAGCUGGCCUGCGCUCAAGAAGAAAUCGCCCACCUGAAGAACGAGAUCGCCAGCAUCCUCAGCGGGCAGAACGCCCUAAACCGCGAAAAUGAAGAUCUGCUUGCCGAAGCCGCUCAACUUCACUGCACAAUCAACUGCUUGAAGGACAAAAGCAAGCUGUUCAAAGACCAGGCCGACCAAUACGCCCUGAGGCUCAAGAGCCUGAGCGCCGAGAAAGAUACGUUGCUCAGAAAAAACAAGGAGCUGCUCAGCGAGCUGAAGGCCAUUCAGUCCAUGACUUGUUCAGUGGACAAGCAUCACAGGUUAAGCAGCGAGACAGUGAAACAGUUGGAAGCUGAUAUAGAAGAGCUGAAAAACAACAAGGACGACAUUUGCUCAGAGAGUAAAAGUGUGAUUAAAAACGUCCGCGCUUGGGUUCUAGAGCAGAAGAGGAUUAAUGCAUUUGUAGCUCAGAGGGAGCGCGAGUAUAUUGAAACGAUUAACAGGUUGAAUAGUGUAAAGCAAAUGUCCAGCCCCAAGCCUAUCUCAGCUCCUAAUAGGGGUUGUAGGGCUAACAGAGGCUCAGUUUACAACCCCAUGUGCGCCUCACCGUGUAGUCUGGGUUCGCAAGGCACCACCUCGAUAUACGACAGAGAAAGUCCUCCAGCCAGCCCAGACUUUGGCGUGGGCAACGAAUGGUACUCUACAACGUUUCGGGCUGAGUCCGAUAAUGAUUCCGGAGAGGAUUAUUGCGUGAACACUUUGGAGCAUUUGACUCAGCAAAUGAGGAACUCGAACAAGGUCUGGAUGAGCGAGAAGCGCUCGCUGAGGGACUGCCGGGUCUCCAAAGACGCCAAAGAGAGGAAAUGACUUAGUUUGUAUUUAUUAUAUUUAUUUUUAUUGAAGUGUUUAAUUAAGGGUUUAAUUGUCUACUUGUCUGGCUAGUCAAUAUAAAUUUGUAGAUUUA